AUGAAAUUUAUAAAAGAGAUACUACUAUUUUUGGUGGUAAUAUUUGUUACCAAAAGUUUUUGUAAUGAUGACACAGUAGGAAGUCAAUUUGUAACAUCAUUUCUUUAUAAAAAUCCAUCAAAUUCCAGUAAAAUACAUUUGUCAUUGUAUUUCUUACCUAAAAAUCCUGGUAACACUACCGUUUUGAUUUCUUAUUAUUCAUUGUUGAAGAAAAAUUUAACAACUCUUAAUAUAACUGCUACUUAUAAUGAACAUAAUCAACUAACUUUUGACUAUGCUGACGUCAUAAGUGAUGGUCACAUUGCUUCAGGAAAUGUUUUAAAUGUAACAGAUCCAAGAAUAUAUAUUAUUUCACUUUCUCCAAUUAAAGUUUUGGGUCGUGUUUUAAAUUUACAAAAUGAUCAAGGAGAUUUGUAUCUUGUACCACCACUUUCUUUUGCUGGAACAAAAUAUCUUUUCCAAUUACCACCAUCUGUAGUAUUUACUAAUCAAUUAGUUCACAUAUUAGCUUAUCCUGGUAAAGAUGCUAACGUUCAAGUAAUCAAAACAUCUAGCAAUGGUACUGUUCUUUUAAAUCAAACAGUUACUAUUACUGGAACACUUGGAACUAAUCAAAAAAUUAUACCAAUUACAUUUAAUAAAGAAUCUCCAUCAAUAUAUAUUAGUUCCGAUUCAAGUAUUGUUGUUGUUGCUGCUGUUACAUGUGCUAAUUUAAAUGCUUACAGUCUUGGUAAUACCACAUCAAAUAUGAAUUGUGAUUAUGCUGCUUUUAUGCCACAACCAAUAGGAACAUGGGAUUGUUCCUCAAGUUUAGUACCAGAUGAUAAAAGAGUCAUCUCUGGAGAUCAUACAGUUACUAUUGGUGUAUCUCCUGCUGACACAACAUGUGGUCAAAAAUUCCCUGUUUUAAGUUACACAAACUUGAAUUCAAUUAUUGGUAUACCAAAUAAUCUUCAAACAAAACAAGUAUCUACAUUUACAGUACUUCAUUCAUUGGUUAAUGAAUAUGCAACAGAUUCAAAGAAAGCUAGUAUUGCAUUGACACGUGUUGGUUCACCACACGCAAAUAGAAAUAGUACUUUAGAUGGUAUUUAUAUGCAUCAUAUUCCAGAUGUUACACAAUAUUACAAUGGAACUACUCAAUUUAUUACUUUUACAAAUGGAGAUUACAUUGAAGUGUAUGUUGAAAAUUUACAAUCUAAUGAUGUUAUGACAUUAAAUGGUAUUAAUCUUAUAAAAGAAAUGGUAGUUUCACAGACAAUAUAUUCUUUUGGUAAUACUUAUUCUGUAUAUAAACUUAAUGCAAAUAGACUUGGAGUUCAUACUUUUUCAUGUACAGCUAAAUAUGUUGCUUAUGUUAUUAGUAAGAUAAGUAAAAACAAAGCUGCUUAUGGUUAUGUUGCUGGUUUUGGAACUUCACAACUUACUUCAACUAUGGUAUCUGGUUCAACAAUGAAACCUAUUGUCAUGUCAUCUCAGUCUCCAACAAGUGUCAUUAUUAGUAAAACAACUCAACAAAUAGAUUUAUCAACAAAAAGUUCAUCACAAGUUAUUACAUCAUCUUUACUCCUAGCUUUCACCUUAAUGACAUAUUUUUUAUUCAUUUCUAAAUAA